AUGAACGUUUCCAUGGAGGAAUAUACAUCUUUAAUGCAUCAAGCUGCACUUAGUGGCUCUUUGGAUUCCAUUGAGAUGCUCUUGGGUAUGGGUCUCUCCGCAAAUUCACAAAACCCCAACGAGAUACAGCCAUUGUAUUGUGCUUGCGAAAUCGAUGAUGAGGCAGUAGUAAAGCUUCUGCUGGAAAGAGGCGCCGAGCCCGAUGCCCGAGGUGGAUUCCAUGAAACCGCGCUACAAGCAGCAUCCUACAACGGGAACAUGGGCGCGGUGAAGGCCCUACUUGAGAAAGGCGCAGAGGUCAACAUCCAGGGCGGGUACUAUGGCAACUCUCUUCAGGCAGCAGCUUUUGAUGGAGACGAGAUGGUGGUAAAGACCCUCAUAGAGAAAGGCGCUGAGGUCAACGCCCAAGGCGGUUUCUAUGGCAAUGCUCUCCAAGCAGCAGCCUACAACGGGGAUGAAACUAUUGUCAACAUCCUCCUGGAAAGAGGUGCCGAGGUUAAUGCCCAGGGUGGGCAUUACGGCAAUGCCUUACAGGCUGCGGCCAACCACGGGAGCGAUAUAGUGGUGAGAACUCUCCUCGAUAGAGGUGCCGAGAUCAACGUCCAGGGUGGAUUGAGGGGUAACGCUCUCCAAGCAGCAAGCUUGAGUGGAAAAGAGGGGGUGGUAAUGCUUCUACUAGACAGAGGCGCCGAGGUCAAUGCUCACGGUGGAAACUUUGGGAGCGCUCUCCAAGCCGCGUCUUACAGCGGUAAUAAUGCAUUAGUCAAUAUCCUCCUCAAGAAAGGUGCAAACAUAAAUGCUCAGGGUGGACUAAGAGGCAACGCUCUGCAGGCAGCAGCAUUCGUCGGGCAUGAAAUGAUUUUGAAGACACUUCUAGAGAAGGGCGCGGAGGUCAAUACUCGAAGCGGAGAGUAUGGCAAUGCCCUGCAAGCAGCGGCCUAUAAUGGAAACAAGACGGUGGCGAAUAUCCUCCUUGAGAAAGGCGCCAAGGUUAAUUUCCAGGGUGGAGAUUAUGGGAAUGCUCUACAAGCAGCGGCCUGGGGCGGAAACGAGACAUUGGUAGAUUUUCUCCUCGAGAGAGGCGCCGAUGUCAACGCCCAAGGUGGUCGUUAUAGAAGCGCCCUUCAAGCAGCAGCAUUUAGUGGGAACGAGACGAUAGUAAAGACCCUCCUUGAGCGGGGAGCCGAGAUCAAUUCCUCAGGCGGAGAGUUUGGCGCCCCACUGCAAGCGGCAGUCUUCAGCAGAAACGAGUCCCUGGUAGACAUGCUCUUAGAGAAAGGCGCCGAUGUAAAUAUCACGGGUGGAUUCGGUGGUAGCGCCCUUCAAGCAGCAGCAAUUAACGGGAAUGAGACGAUGGUAAAGAAACUCCUGGAGAAAGGCGCCGAUGUCAAUGCCGAAGGGGGCACAUUCGGCAGUGCCCUACAGGCCGCGGCCGCCUACGGGCACGAGAUGGUAGUAAAAGCCCUAAUCGAUAAAGGAGCAAAUAUCAAUGCGCAAGGUGGGUUAAGAGGAACCGCCCUCCAAGCAGCAGCCAUCGCCGGGGACGAGAUAGUGGUAAAGUUACUGCUCGAGAAGGGCGCCGAUAGUUCUUUGGGUACAGAACAGGCCACCACGCAGAGUAAAAAGUUUAUAGAAUCGACCAAGAAGAGGAUAGCGGCAGACUUAUGA